UCCGGUGCCGCCUUGCCCGCGAGUCCUGCUGGUGUUUUUUACUUCCCUGCUGUGGUUCCUCGGCGAACCACCUCGCCCAGCCCCGCUGUUCUGGUUUCCAGCCCCAGGCCCGCUGCCGGUCUAGGGCUUUGGUUCGAGCUCUGGGUGCUGCGUUCGCUGUGCCUCGGCCCUGCGGUGGGUUUGUGGUGCCUCCCUGGAGCGGUGGUGCGCCCCUAGGUGCACAGUGUGGGCUGUGGUGGUGGUUUCACUGUAAAAAGCUGGGCAUGGUUAAAUGAAACCUGGACUCCAGCCUGCAUGCCCAGGUGUGCAAGAAAGCGUAGCUUUAGCACAUUAUUUUUUUAGGCUUUCUAUUUGAAUAGUGGGACUAAAACCCAGGUGAGUGUUUGAGUUCAGAGUAGGUAGCGUCAUAAACCUGUCCAAGGGCUAGCUGGCUUAGUGGCUAAGGUAUAUAUGUCCAAGGUAGCCAGGCCUUACAAUGCGUGGAAGGAUUUCAUUGUGAAAGCUGUGAUUAGCUUAGUUUUUCUGGUAGAGGUUCAGUUUCCAGAAGUGUAGAUCACCGGUUUUAGAAGCAGAGUUGAGAAAGCAGGUUCUUCUAGUAAUCCUUUUGUAUGACCUUUGGUUUCACAGCUGUGUCAUUCCUCUUUUAUUAACUUACAGAAGAAAUGGAUAAUACCCCCCCUUUUAAAAGACUUUGAAAUUGUUAGUUGAGUUAAAAGAGAGAUGUUAAAAUAUUACCAUCAUUUCUGUUUAUCUGUAGGUAUGUCUUAAAUUUAGAAAAGGAGCCAAAUUUUGUCACUACGUAUGACUUGCUAUGCAUUCUUUGAAAUAGAUUUUUUCCCUGACCAGCAAAAAAGCAACAUUGACAUCUCACAGUGAAUAUACUGCUACGAAACUGUGUGCCACAAAUUGAAAGCUAACGAAGUAGCAAUUGAUGCUGUUGUGCCUUGAAGCUAGAGCGUCUCAAUUGUUACUUGAAGAAAUCUCUAAAGAGGGGGGUAAUAGCUGUCAGUGAUUUUUAACAUGGGCAGGUUAGCUUUGUCUGUGUGGCAUGAAAGCAUUUUGUUUCAUUCAAAACUUACGUAUGCAGUAUUUGUGAAACUGAGUUUAUGUAACGGAUUUGCCAUUCUGAUUCUUGUGUCUUGUGGUUCAGUAUACAGUGGCUUCUUUGAUUUUUCGUUCUGUGCUUUUAAUUUAGUUGACCCUACUGCAGUUCAAAGGCUGGUUAUUUAAUCGUAUUCACAAGCGCUUCUGAUUUUGUUUCUUCAUAUCCUGAGAAUAUUUUCAUUUUGGAAAAUGAAAAAUUCAGUACUUGAAAAAAUGAAGCUUAGAAAAGGUGUAGAAAUGAAGUGGAAGUUUCCAAGGCACCUGAAGACAACUUCCCAUACUUCAGAGAUCCCUUCCUGGGGAGGGAAAGAGGGAUAUGCAAGGGGUCGUUAAAAUGAGAGCAAGAAGGACUGAAUACAGGUGAUGCAGGAUAUGCUUAUACCAGGUAAAAAAAUGUAGUGCAAAAUCCGUGAUCUAACUCCCAAUCUGAAUUAGUCCUGGAGCUAGCUAGAAUCUGUGUAGGUACAUCACUGUCGGGUAUGCCCAAACGAGGUAUCUUUGUGCUUUGAGUGUAGAUAACGGUGGAAUAGUCUGGGAUGUGUUGCCCCAGCAGAUACAGAUAAGCUAGUUCCACUCUUGAACAAGACUUGUGCCUCUGAAUUCCUUUAAUGGCUUUUGAAAAAUGCCGUUUGUUACUGACUCAUUCAAACUGGUAUUUCAUCUGAUUUUCUUAGUGUACUUGUUGAAAAUAAUACACACCAGUAAAACAUUUGGUUGACCUUCAGGGUUGUAUUUGACCUACAGUUACUUUCUUCUCGCUAUUAAUUUUGUUCGCCUAUUUUAGGUUAGCACCUGAACUGAAAUAUUUAUAUGUCUUUCUGUGUGAGGAGGAUAGGUGCUUACAACAAUUCCCAGUAAAACUUCAGGGAUUCUAACAUAACACAUUUGACAUUGUAGGCCAGAGUUAUUCUUUUUUUUUCUGAAUUUUAUUUUUUCUUGAGCAUAAAAUAAUCUUAAGAAUAGUGUUUAUUAAGGGUACAUGGAUGUAUUAAAUGUGCACGGUGUGCACGUACUUCCAAUUUAGAUUUCUUUUUUGCCAAAAUCAAUUGGUUGCUUAGAAACCCAGAGCUGGAUUGACCAGGUGUUUUAAAGCCAGCUGGCAAUACAAACCAUGUAGCACUAAUAGAGCUCUGCCUGCCCUGCGGUAUCACAGCAGAACAGUGGGUGUUAAGUGCCAGGAUUUGAUUCAGAUUGAAACUCCAUCUAGAAGUUUGUGUGUGGUUUGAAGAUAGUAUUUGUAAUUACAGCUUAAAAGGUUAUUUCUAUGAGGAAAACCUUGGAAAAUGUGUGGCAAAUUAGCUUGUAUGAUUUUAUUUGUUUUAGGAAUAUGCAAAGUUACUUUGGUAAGAAAAAGUAAUCUGGAUCCAAAUAGUUAUGUAUUAAUGAGUAAAUAAAAACAUCAAUACUCAUCUUUCCAAUUGGACUAACUAAUUGGGUUUUGAUGUAUUAUUUUAUUUGAUAUUUUUUAGUGGCUUGGCCGUAUUGGACAGUUCAAAAAAUGUCUCUAGUCAUGUCGUGAAACAGAAGAUUAACACAGUGAGUUUGAGUUCUUGCAGGGACCUCUGUGGAGCUUGAUUAUGGUGGCCAGAGUGGUGCGGUUGUCUGUAAUGGGAAUAGAUCUCUCCACCAGUGUCAAACUGAUUUGGUGAUGAUGCCGUUCACUUCUGGCUAUCAUGAGAGAAUGAUCAUGGAAGAGAGACCCGAGUUUAACUUUUUCUUGAUGUCAGAAGUAGAUCAAGGAGCUUUGCUGCCAGGCCCGUGGAAUUUUCUGGAACCGAAAAUGCAGACGUUAAAAGUCAGUAUUGGACAACUUUCGUAAAACAGAAACCUAAUGUGUGCAUUGAGAGCAUGCCAUCAGAAAUGCUGCUGAAGAUAUUUUCCUAUUUGGAUGCUGUGUCCCUGUUGUAUGCUGGUUGUGCAAAUAAGCGGUUCUAUGAUCUGGCCAAUGACAAUGGAAUCUGGCUGAAAAUAUACUCCAGUCAUUUUCUACCAAAAAGAACAAUUUGGAAAAUGAAUUCUGAGACAGAAGCUGUUUCCUUGGACUGUGCUGCUGUACAGGAUACAAAGCCUGGAUACUGGAAGAAAGAAUACAUCUUCAGACAAAUAGCUGCUGUCAAAACUAGAGUAAUGCAACUUGUUAAACCUGUAGAUCCUCAUACAGGUCUUCCAUGUAAAAACAGAGAAGCUAUAAGAGCAUCUGGCUUGAGUUGGGUCAUUGUUCUGAAGGACAGGAAUGGAAAGGAAUAUGUAAUGGAGCAGGCAGAUCUAUCAUUUAAGGACACAUCUGUUACUAUACUCUGGUAUAGUACAAGUUGGCCAUGCUUAAAUGUCUUAUCAACCCUAGAACUAUGUGGAGUGACGCCACUGCUUCCUGACCAAAGCAGAGCUGCCAGCAAGAACGGACCUCGUCGACGUUCCCUGAUGGCUAAAUACAGCCUUUCUAACCUGACUAAAACCAGUGUAGCAGUUGGUGCUGAUAAGCUUGUCCAACUCUUUGGUCUGAAUCCAGGACUCUUACUAGGACUUUGGAAGGGAAAAAAUGAAAUUGCUUUUGUUAUGGCGAGUCUUCAUUAUCAUCAACUUCUUGAGAGAAGCACUUUGGGUUCUGCUACUGUACAAUAUGUUCUUUCACCUAAUAAACCUACACUGGAUGAUGUUGACCCAGAAUAUGGACUGCAUGACUACAAUCUACAUCUCGAUAUGCACAGUGGAAGUCAUACUUGCAUGUGUGGAACAUUCAAGAACCUCUUCUGCAGAAAAGGUGACAUUCAAAAUGGAUAUUUGAGGCUAAUGGUUGUAAGCGUAACGGAUAAUGCAAAACAUUUGCCUAUUAUUGGGACAGUUGGCUUAUACUGGAAAACAGAUGUGUUUAAAGGCAAUGUAAAGGACUGUUACUUGAUGGAUGUUACUGUUUUGGAUGAAACCCGAAAGCCCUUCUGGUGUUUCAGUGCCCCAGUCUACAUGCAACUGUCUUGCAAGACAUCUGGCCUUUAUGACUACAUGGGUCAUAUCUAUACCACAGAGUAUGCAGAUUCAGAGGGUAAAGUCAGUGUUGACUUAGUAUGGUUGGAAGAAACCAAGGAAUAUUAUGUAGUCAAUCUGGUUCUUUACAUAAGCACCAAAAAGGUUAACAGCUGGUAUGGAACAAAUUACUGAUUUAAUUGGGUAGUUAAUUUCCCUGCUUAAAAAAAAGCUAAAUUUUUGAUGAUUAAAACUGAUAUUAAUUAGUAAUACUGCUGCCACAAGUUUUGUGCCUUUCAGAUUUUCAGUAACAGAAGUACAGUUGCAUAUAUUUAUUUUAAUUGGCAUUGGAGGAAUGGAAUUGAGAUGUUUAUAUAAAUUAAUAGUUUAAUGGUUUUCUUCCGUGUUGAACACCAUGUGGUUAGUCUGUUUCUGGUACUGGACAUAAUACAAAUUAUUUUAGGAAUAAUUGUUUUUAUAGAUACUUUCGAAUAUAUGUGAAUAAAUUUCUUCUGAGUACCAUACUGUGAAGAAGCCUUAUCCUUAUGUAAGCUACACCGUUUUUGAGAACGCUGAACUUUACGCCUAAAGGAGUAAAACAGCAUGUGUGCUGUUCCCUUCUGAUUCAUUAAACUAUUUUUGAUAAAUGACUGCUGUUGGUAAAUGCAGAAAUACUAUGUUUUUAAAGUACAGAUUCUUUAAUACGUUAUAGUAGAGCAUUUAAAAGGUAGACUAGAACUCACAGAUCUGAAUAAUAGGGCAGUAAGGCAUUUGUCAAGAAAAUCUCUUGUGUAAUAUCUCUUGUGAAUUGUUUAAAUUUCUGUUUGCUGUGUUUGUUUUCCCUUGUUCUGACCUUCUCUCCAAUUCAAACUUAGGCACUUGCCUCAUGUGUUGGCCCUUGAAUAAUUGUCCUGAUUAUCAGAAGGGCUGAGCUGACAUCUGGUCCUCCUGAACCUAGCUGACAUUCAGUUGCUUCAGAAGCAAUGAAUUAUCUGAUACGGUUUAUCUGACAACAGGUAUUCAUAGAAACAAUGGGCUUACAUGCCUAAUUUUUCUGGUUGCUUAAAGUAAUUUUAGGACCUAAUCUACUCCCAGAUGAAAAAAAGUAAUGACAGUUUCGUUUCUGUGGUGUGUUACAAACCAGGGUAAAUCUGUGCAGUUUCACAGUAUGCUGUUAAGAAAAAAAGCACAACUAUGUUGUUGCUUUCUGUGACUGUAUUACAAAAGUGAUUUCCUUUUGAUAAUUUGUGUGUGUUCUCUUUCAUUUGUUUAAGUAGAUUGAUUCAUUCAUGUAAACAAUGUCUAUGUGUAAGCACUUGAUAUGGAUUAUUUCUUAAUGUAACUUUCAAAGAUGAUAAAGUUCCAGUUUGACUUAUAAUCUUGCUUAACGAAGAAAUAAAAACAUUUCUAUUUUUGAUGGCUA